UUGUUUUUCUUUUUCAUAUCAUAAAAAAUGGUGUUAUUUUGAUCUCAACCUAUUGUCCAAAGUUUUCUCGUUUUCAGAUAAUUAAUAAACUUUUUUAAUAUAUCCGAAUGUAUGUAUCAUCUUAGUAACUAAUUAUGAUAAAAUAAUUUAAGCCAUAUAAACAUUUUGACGUAAAUAAUAAUGAGCUCUACGUUGGAAACUGAAGACCUUGAUAAUGGUCCUUUAGUUCGCAUGGAAGAUGUUCAGCCAGCGAGGGACAGAUCUUGUGAUGUUUACGUAUUAGAAGAUACAAAAGAUGAACCAAUGGAAUCUUACGUCGUGGACCAUCUGGACUAUGUUAACGAAUGUGUUGUUGAUGAUGACGACUCUAACAUCGGGAGCAUGGUUUCUAUUCAUUCACAGGACGUUGUAGAAUGUGAUGAUGAUGACAGUAGUAAUUCAGAAUUGAUAGUACCUGAAGUUCAGCCUGUAAAAAAGAAAUCUAUAAAAUUGGAUAAAACUCCAGAGGUUGGCUCAAAAUCUCCACCGGAAAGUUGGCCUACACUUGAGAUUCUACCAGGUGGAGUGAUCAAACGUUCAGACAAAUUUAAUGACGAUUUGAAUUCAUCCUACCAAGAUGAUGAUGAAUCUGAAAAUAAUAAUCAGGAUAUGAUGUAUGCAUGUGCUAAGUGUUCACAAAGUUUUAAGUAUUUAUUUUCGCUUGUGAAACAUGUCAAAGGCCAUGAAAAGGAGCAAAAGAAACCAAAACCAACAGAAUCUAUAAAGCCCACAUCAACAGAAAAAGAAUUGGUAUAUUUAAAAAGAGCAAGAAUAGAUUUGGAGAAAAGUUAUAAAAAGCAAAAAGUAGAUGUAUUAGCAAGAAUUGCAGAUGCACUAGCACAAAUAGAAAAUGUAGAAGAUUUUUUUGAUAAAUAAAAUAAAACUUUUUAAAUUGAUUUUUUAUUUAUUUCUUAGAUAGCAGGAAACUAAUAUGUGAAACAAACCUUACCAAUAUAAUUGAUAAGCACUUUUGAU